AUGAGGAAUGUUUUGGCUCAUUAUUUCAAGGCAAGUGAUGGCCAUUACCUCGCUGUAAAAAAGAUGAGUCACGACAGCAGAAUAAUUGGCAUUGAAUAUUUUAAUCCCUAUAUUCAAACCUUGACAAAUUUAAGUAACUGUAACAUUUCUGGACAAGCGAUUUAUCUUAUCGAAUCUAAAAUUCUUGAUUUGAGCAGAAACAGAAUCCGGCAUUUCUCUGUAAACAGAAGAAUAGAGAUUUUAUACAUUCAACACAAUUUGCUUGACGCAGUUGCACUAGUUAAAAAAAUUGAUCCAAGGGAAAGCUACGUCUUUUUACCCUUAUUUAAUCUAUCUAUCUUAGACAUGUCCUUUAACAAAAUCACGAAGCUUCAGCAAAAGGAUUUCGAGCACUUUUUGAUGUUAAUAUCCUUAAACCUCUCUGGUAAUCAAAUACAAGAUAUCGAUGAAAAUACCUUUUCCGACUUAUCCAAGCUAGUUUCCAUUGACUUAUCUGGGAACGAUAUUUCCGUUAUCCAAAGUGGUCUUUUCAGGUCACUCAGACAACUUCAGUUUCUGUACAUUCAAAGGAACAACAUCUUCCAGGUGUCCAGUGAUGUAUUUCACGGUCUAGUAAACAUGAAAUUCCUGCAAGUAGAAUCAUUCUCAAUCUGUUGUGUCAAACCCCAGUCGCUAUACAACGUAAAGUGCGUGGCGCCAUCUAUCGAUAUCUCCUCCUGCGACCAUCUAAUUGCGGUACCUAUUCUUAAUGUCACAAUGUGGUAUAUGGCGCUCUUUGCCUUCUUUGGAAAUGUCAUCGUGAUAAUAUAUACCGUGUCUUCCUUGAAGAAAAAAGUUUCUAUUACCUACUUCAUCCUGACUCUGAAUCUAAGUUUUGCUGAUCUGCUAAUGGGAGUUUAUCUCUUCAUCAUUGCUAUAGUUAACUUGAGAUAUACAGGUACGUAUGGUUUAAUGGACUACGCGUGGAGACACAGUUGGCUAUGCACUCUGGCUGGUAUCUUAGCAACGGUUUCCAGUGAGACGUCAGCUUUCACGGUUUUUCUAAUUACCGUUGACCGUUUUCUAGCCAUCAAGUAUUCCAUUUCGAAAACUUGUCUGACCAAAAGAAGAGUUAUUGGACUAUGUGCUUUUAUUUGGCUUACAUCAUGGCUUUUGGCAACCCUUCCACUGCUGAUUUACGAAAACUUUUAUUCCAAGUCCGGGAUUUGCAUCUCGCUGCCACUCUCUGUAUUUAGAAAGACUGGAUGGAGAUAUUCAAUGAUGAUCUUUGUGGGGAUGAAUGCUAUGCUGUUCACUGGAAUUCUUAUUGGUCAGAUUGCUAUAUUUGUCGAAGCACUGAGAGUAGGAAAAGACGUUAGAUCCGCAAAAGUACGUAAAAGAGAGAUUUCAUUGGCUAAGACUUUGAUAGGAAUCAUUGUUACAGACAUGCUUUGCUGGAUACCGAUUGGAGUCAUUGGAAUGCUGACUUUCUCUGGUGAGGAAGUCCCCACUGACGUGUACGCUUGGAUCAUUGUUCUCGUGCUGCCUGUUAACUCGGCCCUGAACCCCAUCCUCUAUACAAUGACUGCUGUCAUCCGACAAAAAGUAAGAUAUUAA